GUCGCACGUCGCUCCGCUCCGUCGUCCGUCGUUGGCCAGCCAGUGCCAAGAACUUCGUUUGCUCAAACUGACGAAUCGAAAACGUUCCAUUUUGAAAGAUUCUUGUUCAGGUUCGCCAUCGUGCGAGAUUCGUGAGGUGAAGUGCGUAAAGUGCGCAGCAGACCGCGUAGCAGCUGUUUACAUUGUUGAUACGUCACUGGAAAAAUCUUCGUGCCAGCGUGUCGUGUCCUGACAGCUACUUUGCAUUGCACGCAGUGACGCAGUUAGGUGCGCGCUCAUAUUAUUGACACGUCGCGAGUCGCGAGUUCGAAUUUCCCAGUCGACGGGUGGUGCGAAGGAAAAGCCAUCGCCAUUACGUUGUAAACAAAGCCCCGUCGUCGUCCGUGUUGCAAAGGUGCGUCGCUGCCUGGGUGUGCGUGCUGCUCUUUUGUCUCCGGUCCGAGACAGUGCAGUAGUAGUAGUGCGUCCGCUGGUUGCAGCGCAGUUCGCGACGCGCGAGAAGUGGGUUUUUGCGAAAGUGACCGCGCUGGAGCGCGCACGCGUUUGAACGAGAUCGAUAGCACCGAGCGAACGAGAGGGCGCGCGACAAGAACCUGUUUUUUGGCCGCUGCUUUACGCGCCGUUUAGGACCAACGAGAAAGGUGUACGUGACCGAGCCCACACAGAGUCCGCCCCCCGUGUACCAGGAAGGGAACUAGUGUAUUGUGGAUGCAUUAAACAACAAAAAAAACGACGCAUUAUAUUGAAAACAUAAAUAUCAUUCGCUCUGUGCGUGUGUGCGUACGCGAUAUUCUGGUCGUUUGAGUAGUGUGCGUGCCUGCUUUGUUUAUAAACCGUUCGACGAACGAGGUUUUUAUUGUUCAUCCCAUUCCGGUUCGCUCCGGUGAGAGGAUUUCGGGUGAGCAGUGACAGUGAGAGAGAGCGUCAGUCAGUGAGUCGCUGGGCGUUCUUUGUUUACAAAACACACUGCUCCUUCGUCGCGAGAAGUGGUUCGCGUUCUCCGCAACCCCCCCCCAACUCCGUGGUUGCGUGGCGACAGACGAAAAGGGAAAUUUUGCUUCCAACAUUCCGAGGCCAUACACCACCACCACCACCACCCCGGUCGUGAAUCGAGUGAACGGCAGCAACAGCAUUAUGUUCCGCACGAUUAAUUUGUCGGGCGACAAGAAAGGGCCGGCGCUCGCGGCCAGCAAGGCAAUGGCAACAACCCCGAUGCAACUGAUGAAGAUGGGCACGGAGGAGCUGGGCGAAUCGUGGAUCGAGCUAUCGUCGAGCACGAGCCAAGGGGCCGGUCCGAUGGCCGCCGCCGCCAACCAGAGCAAUCCUCUCGCCGCCGCGAGCACCGUGGGAGGUAGCAGCAUCGCGAACCGCACCCCUCCGGAGCUGUUGUGCGCCAAGAGCCCGGACCGGACGACGCCGCCACUGCCGUUCGCAUCGGUGGAGGAGUACAUAAGACUGCUGCGCGAGGCUCAGCGUGAGUCGAAGGAAUCGAGCCGGGUCGCGUCGCUGACGAGUUCGCGCAAAAACUCACCCCGCGGUAGCCCCAAGUCGCCGCCGAACAGCCCGAACAAUGAACUGGCCGCUACCGAGGAAGAUCUCAAAAAUGUUUACAUCAACUAUGUCAACAAGGAUGGUGACAUUGUGAAGGAUACAGACUGGGUGUGGGAUUGGAGCAGUAGACCAGACCAGCAGCCACCUAAAGACUGGAAAUUUGAACAUCCCAAAAAGCCAGGCCAAGAGGAAUGCAGCAAAACCAGCCACGCCGGUUACUCGAUAAGGCAGGUCCGGGUAGGGAAAAACUCCCUGUUUUCGCGAGAGUUUCUGUAUUCGAUCGUAGUAACGAACAUACUAUCGCUCCUGCUGGGAGCAGGUAUCGGCGCCUGGCUGCAGAAACGAGGAUUGAUUCUGACCCGCAUCUCGAUUGAGUAAAGACGACAAUUGCGUGGUCCGCACGCGCGGCGGCUGUAACACCCGCUGUCUAAUGUUGAUCCCCUGGACUCCACGGCACACACGACGACCCUUCUCGAUUUACUUUACGGCAUCGUUCAUCUGCUCUAAAAGCGCGUUUUAGAGUUUCUGACGCUGCGAUUGUCGGCAAUUUGCCGUAGGGCAUUUAUCUUGUAGCGUGCAAAGAAAAAACGUACAUUUAAAAGAUUGUUUUUAGCGAAACGGCGUAACGUAAUUGAAAGUUAGGAAUUAUGGUUGAGUUUAGUGACACUCCGAGCACACACACGGUAGAUUGUUUGCAGUAGGUUCUUUUGGCAAAACAGUGUGAUCAUAUCCAAGCUUGGAUUGGAAAACAACCGAGAAAUCUAUGGAAGCGCAAACAUAUUUGGAAGAUUGUCGAGAUGUCCCCAUUAGUAGCAACGUCAAGAGUUCGACACACUAUACAACGGUCCAAUUGGAAGUUAGUGGUUUUUUCCGCUUUUUUUAGUUUUCCCAGAUGUCGAUAAGGUUUUCAUUAGCUAAGAGGGACUGUGCAGGAAUCAAUCGUCACUCGAAUGCCGGGUGAGAGAAGCGGGUACGGGGUGUGUACGGAUGGACAGGGACAGACAAUUUUUGUGCAAACGAAGGGAACAGAGAUUAGAUUUCGUGUGAUUUCUAUCCUAUCGCAGAUGAGACGAUGGGAAGAUGGAAACGAUCAGGGAGAAAAGUAGAGGAAAAACGAAGCAAGUUUAUUCCAUUUUUCUAUAAACACAUAAACAGACAAUUUUUCAUUGUGUCUGAAGGAAUCCAAAAAAAAAACACAAAACAAAUCAAGAACUGCAAGUCCAGAUGUAGGGA